UCGCUCUAUCCCUGCUUCAAACGCAUAUUCCACAGGGAGAGAGAGUGAGCAAGACCUGCGAGGAGCGGACGAACGACGAGAAAAAAGGCGAACGACAAAUGGCACUCAUGGCUGGGAUUUUGUUUACGGCGACCUUUGUGCUGCUUGGGAUUUCUACGUUCGUUUCUUCGGCACGGAUUUACCCUCCAAACGAAGUGACGUUACUGGACUCCAGAUCCGUAGCGGGGGAGUUGGGCUGGGUCGCCAACCCAACAGAAGGAGGGUGGGAGGAGGUGAGCAUCAUGGAUGAGAAGAACAUUCCCAUCAGGACGUACCAGGUGUGUAACGUCAUGGAACCCAACCAGAACAACUGGCUUAGAACGGACUGGAUCCUCCGAGGUGGCGCCCAGCGUGUCUACAUCGAGAUCAAGUUCACCCUGCGCGACUGUAACAGCCUCCCUGGUGUCAUGGGAACCUGUAAGGAGACCUUCAACCUCUACUACUAUGAGUCCAACAACGACAAGGAGCGCUACAUCCGAGAGAACCAGUUUGGCAAGAUUGACACGGUGGCAGCCGACGAGAGCUUCACCCAGGUGGACAUCGGAGAUCGCAUCAUGAAGCUGAACACGGAGGUCAGGGACGUCGGAGCCUUGACCCGGAAGGGUUUCUACCUGGCCUUCCAGGACGUGGGAGCCUGCAUCGCCCUGGUGUCUGUCAGGGUGUUCUAUAAGAAGUGUCCCAUGGCUGUGAGGAACCUGGCCCAGUUCCCUGACACCAUCACCGGGGCCGACACCUCCUCACUGGUGGAAGUCCGAGGAUCCUGCGUUCAUAAUUCUGAGGAGCGUGACGUUCCCAAAAUGUACUGCGGGGCGGACGGAGAGUGGCUGGUGCCCAUCGGGAACUGCCUGUGUAACCCGGGAUUCGAGGAGAGGAAUGCUAAAUGCCAGGCCUGUAAGAUUGGCUACUACCGUGCCCUGGCCACAGACGGUGCCUGCUCCAAGUGUCCUCUCCACAGCUACUCUGUCAGAGAGGGAUCUACAUCCUGUGCCUGCGACAAGAGCUACUUCCGCUCUGAGACUGACCCUGCAUCCAUGCCCUGCACUAGACCCCCGACAGCUCCGCUCCACCUCAUCUCCAACGUCAAUGAGACAUCGGUCAACUUGGAGUGGAGCGCUCCUCUCUCCUCUGGCGGACGCCAGGACCUCAGCUACAACGUGGUGUGUAAACGCUGUGGACCCGAGGGGACACGGUGUCAGCCCUGUGGGAACGGGGUCCACUUCAGCCCCCAGCAGCUGAGCCUCAGGGCCACCAAGGUGUCUAUCAAUGACCUGCAGGCCCACACUAACUACACCUUUGAGAUUUGGGCUGUUAACGGGGUCUCCCAGCAGAGCCCUGGACCUGAGCAGGCCGUGUCGGUGACGGUCACUACCAACCAGGCCGCACCGUCUCCCGUCAACUCGAUCCAAGCCAAGGACAUCACCAGACACACCAUCUCCCUGGCCUGGCAGCAGCCUGAGAAAGCCAACGGGGUCAUCCUGGAGUACGAGGUCAAAUACUAUGAGAAGGACCAGAAUGAGAGGAGUUAUCGCAUUAUCAAGACGUCGUCCAGGAACACCGACAUCAAGGGCCUGACCCCUCUGACCUCCUAUGUGUUCCAUGUGCGCGCUCGCACCGCCGCCGGCUACGGAGAGUUCAGUGCUCCUUUCGAGUUCAUGACCAACUCUGUUCCAGCUCCUAUCAUCGGAGAUGGGACUAACUCCACAGUGUUGCUGGUGUCUGUGGUGGGCAGUGUUGUUCUCCUCCUCAUACUCAUCAGUGCCUUCGUCAUCAGCAGGAGAAGGAGUAAGUACAGUAAGGCCAAGCAGGAUGCUGAUGAAGAGAAACACCUACACCAAGGAGUGAGGAUAUACGUAGACCCCUUCACCUACGAGGACCCCAACCAGGCUGUCCGAGAGUUUGCCAAGGAGAUCGACGCUUCCUGUAUCAAGAUUGAGAAAGUCAUUGGCAUCGGUGAGUUUGGGGAGGUGUGCAGCGGUCGUCUGAAAAUGCCAGGGAAGAGGGAGAUUUGUGUGGCCAUUAAAACCCUGAAGGCGGGAUACACCGACAAGCAGAGGCGGGACUUCCUGUCUGAGGCCAGCAUCAUGGGCCAAUUCGACCAUCCAAACAUCAUUCACCUGGAGGGAGUGGUCACCAAGUGUAAACCAGUGAUGAUUAUCACAGAGUACAUGGAGAAUGGCUCGCUGGAUGCAUUUCUGAGGAAGAAUGACGGCCGUUUCACAGUGAUCCAGCUGGUGGGCAUCUUGCGUGGCAUCGCGUCGGGCAUGAAGUACCUGUCUGACAUGAGCUACGUCCACAGAGACCUGGCCGCACGCAACAUCCUGGUCAACAGCAACCUGGUGUGUAAGGUGUCUGACUUCGGCAUGUCACGAGUCCUGGAGGAUGACCCCGAGCCUGCUUACACCACCAGGGGAGGGAAGAUCCCCAUUCGCUGGACAGCCCCAGAGGCCAUCGCCUACAGAAAGUUCACCUCGGCCAGCGACGUGUGGAGCUACGGCAUUGUCAUGUGGGAAGUGAUGUCAUACGGAGAGCGGCCAUAUUGGGACAUGAGUAACCAGGAUGUGAUCAAGGCCAUAGAUGAGGGGUACAGGCUGCCCCCACCUAUGGACUGCCCCGUGGCAUUGCACCAGCUGAUGCUGGACUGCUGGCAGAGGGAGAGGGGCGAUAGGCCCAAGUUUGGCCAGAUCGUCAACAUGCUGGACAAACUGAUCCGGAACCCCAACAGCCUGAAGAGGACUGGAGGAGAGACCACACGGUGAGACAGGGAUUUCCUGGUUUAUUCACUAUUAUUGUAAU